AUGGCAACGGACUGUCUGGAAUGUAAACGAAACAGGUUCAGAGGCGCGAUGUUGUGGGAAGACAGAGAUGUUCGCUUUGAUAUUAGUCCCCAGCAAAUGAAAAUGAGAUCUGGGGAGAAGGUAAUAGAUAAACUAGACUCUGUUGAAGAUACCAAAGGAAACUCAGGUGACAGAGGGAGGCUGAUUAUCACAAAUCUGCGCUUAAUAUGGCAUUCACACAGCAUGCCAAGAGUUUCUCUGUCUGUUGGUUACAACUGCAUCAUAAAUAUAACGACAAAGACUGUAAAUUCAAAACUUAGAGGUUUAACAGAAGCUUUAUAUAUUUUAACUAAAGCAAAUAGCACCAGGUUUGAAUUUAUCUUCACAAAUCUCAUCCCAUCAACAGCAAGGCUUUUCACCUCAGUUAUUGGGGUGUAUAAGGCUUAUAAUUCUUCAAAGAUGUACCGUGAGUUAAAACUGAGAGGUGCUAUUAUUCAGAACAAACAGCUGAGAAUAUUGCCUCAGGAACAAAUAUUUUCUCGUGUGAAUGGAGUUUGGAAUCUGUCCAGUGAUCAGGGAAAUCUUGGUACAUUUAUCAUUACAAAUGUACGCCUAGUUUGGUUUGCAAACAUGAAUGAACUGUUCAACAUAUCUCUGCCAUAUCUACAGAUAGCAUCCGUAAAAGUCCGUGAAUCCAAGUUUGGCAUGGCACUGGUGGUUGAAAGCACAGAAGCCAGUGGAGGUUAUGUGCUUGGCUUCAGAAUCGACCCUGUUGAAAAGCUUCAUGAAGUACACAAGGAGUUAUCGUCACUGUACAAUGUGUAUUCACAGUGUCCAGUCUUCGGCAUAGAAUUUGUUCUUCAUGACAAGCCGGCAGGGGAGGAGGAGACUUUGGAUUUGCCAGAAAUGGAGGAAGCAGAGAUUGACGAAUCCAUUAAUGAUUCUGCUGAUGUCCUGGCAGCUUACCUUGCCGAUGGACGGCACAGUGAUCGUGAAAAUGUUUUCUCAAAUGAGUUAGGACUUGCUAUUGAGAAAUUAAAGGAUGGAUAUACUCUGCAAACGCUAUGGGAGGUCAUACCUAGCUAAGUUUCUGUUCUCAUUAUAAUUUUUUGGUUUUGCUGUCAUGGCCAUGCAAGCCAAAAUACGAGAUUAAUGAUGUGAUAACAAUUUAAUUUUUGACAAAGAUGUUUCAAGUCAAGUCAUGUAGGUUAUAUUUAUAUUAUUAGCUCAUAACAUAAAACAGGUUUGUAUAAGAUGUAAAAUUAAUUUGAUUUAUUGAUCUCUCUACUCUGUCUAUUGAGUUUUAGAUAAAUGCAAAGUAAAUACUAUA